AUGGUUGCAGCUUCGGUCGACCCAUGGCGGUCCAGUCUCCUGUGCUCAGCAUUGUUACAUCCGCUCCAGUAUCAAGACGCAUGCGUACUGUCUCCCCAUGAAUCUUUUCUCUCUACGGCAGAUGCGGUUUACAGCGAUGUCAGCAUGAGUCGAAGCGAUGGUGACGCUGUUGGCAGACUUCCGCUUCAGCUUCGGCUUCCGCUUCUUCUUCUCCCGGAAAUUUUUGCAGAAUGCUUGCUUGUGUCCAGAGCGUCUGCAGUCGUGGCAUCUCUUGUUCACGAAUGUCCAGUCUCUAGACCAGUGAUUGGCUCCAACCGAAAACAAGGUGACGACGGCUCACGAUUUCGACUCGUUUGCGAAUCCACAACGUUGACAUGCAGUAGACUUGAUCGUUCGAGGAGUGCAGCAUCCUGA